AGAGAAGAUAUAUGACUCAGGGGGCAAAGGUCAAGAGUCUGGACAUUUGGGUAAUGAGUACCUUGCUCUGGGAAGAUGACUGAACACAGUGUCCCGAGGACAUGUAAGAUCAAAAGAAUCUCCUUGUUUUGGGGGACCUUUAUCAGCUCACCUGCAAGAUCUUCGUAAGCUGUACUGUUCAGCCAGUGAUUUUGUUAUCUGUAUCGUGGAUGUCCAUACUAAUAAAAAACAUUUUGCCCAGAGAAUCUUUUUUCUUGUUGAGGGACAGAUAUCAGAAAAGGUCCACAGUCUCUGUAACUAUCCCUAGUAAUUAGUCUCAGAACUCAGUGCCUUUAUCAAAGGGAAUUUCUAGAACAGUGUAUUAUUGCUUAACCCACCUCCUUAUCUGCCAUUCGUGGAGUUUCUCAGAUAUUUCCUGACUUUCUUGUCUGCCUCUGGAUCAAAAAAAUGAAAUGUAGAGCAAGUGAGGAAAUAGUUUAAGAAAAAAAAAAAAAAGGAAGAACAGAAAAAGAAAUACAGAAUAAAGCUUUAGUAUGUAUCUUCCCAAUAAAUGGGAUGCGGUGUUUAGAUUUUUAUCAUCCAUCUAAUGUAAGGUGUUCUUGCGUGUCACAGUUUGAUCUUUCUGCCUCUUUUUUUUUUUUCUCUCUCAUUGUUGACUUGACGUGGUUUCUUUACGUAGAGAAUCUGGAAAUGUUUUCGUUCUUUGAGGAAAGAGCUAUGCGUGAAAGCCCCACUGCCUGUGGGGACUGUAGGGUGGGUAAUAUUUGGGUGUACUUUCAGGGUCAGGUCUUACCUUGCUCAGGGAAUGUUGUAUGUGUGGGUAGGUUAUUAAAGACAUGGUGGUUUCACAAUGUAUGUGUAUAUCAACUCAUCGUAUUGUACAGCUUAAAAAUAUUAAAAAAAAAUUAAGCAGUGGUAGCUCCAGUAGCUGUUGAUGAAUGCCUGAGGCUUGGUGGAAAGAACUUCUGUUUACUCUGAGUACUGGCUCUCUGAUUAGCAGUUGUGUGUUUCAUCCCACGACCCAACAUAGAUUUUUUGAUGUAUUUAUUUUAUUUUUAUUUCUUUUUUCUGGGUGCCUUAUGUUUUUUGUGUGUGUUCGUGUGUAAUUUUCAAAACAAAAAUUGGGUUCAUACCAAAUUACGGCUUAAAAAACAUUUUAUAAUGACAAUUCUUGAAAAUGUGGAGUGACUAGUAGCACGCUCUAUAUCCUUAUCACCCAGCAUUAACAACUAUCGGCUUUCUCUGAUUCUGAUUCUACCUUUCCCUCUGCCCUACUUUGUUCAGGGUCAGGGGAGGGAGAGAGGGGCCCAAAGCAAAUCUCAGUCAUCAUACCAUUUCCUUCCCAAUACUUUGUUCUCAUGUUUGUUAUUCAAUUAUUUACUUUUUGUCUGUUGACUUUUCUUUCUCUUGUUACUGAAACAACUCUUGAACUGUGCCCUGGUGGAGUUAUAAAGGUAGACUCUUCUGGAAGCAUUGUCCUCUGCAUGGUGCUUGAUGGGCUGGUCUUCAGGGAUCCUGAGGAGGACAGCCCUGCUGGUGUGAAGUUCAUGGUCUGGUUACUAAUAGAACCCAGAGAAGGAAGAAUCUUGUUCAAAAAUGAGGUGAAUUAAUGCUCAAGCACUCAAGAACCCCGGACAGCUACAUGAAGUGUUUAAAAACUGCCCUGACCAUCUCGCCACACAAGUCUGUCAUGAGGCCUGACAGGAUGAGUGCACCACGGAGGCACAGUGUCCUGCCCUGCAGGAACGGUGACUGCUGACCUGCUGGGAGCAAGCGGGGGGCCGCGUGUUGUCUGCCAGUACAAUGAAGGAAGUGGUUUAUUGGUCACCCAAGAAGGUGGCAGACUGGCUGCAGGAGAAUGCUAUGCCAGAAUACUGUGAGCCUCUGGAACAUUUCACAGGCCGCGACUUGAUCAACCUAACCCAGGAGGAUUUCACAAAACCCCCCCUGUGCCGAGUCUCCUCCGACAAUGGGCAGCGGCUCUUGCACAUGAUAGAGACCCUGAAGAUGGAGCACCACUUGGAAGCACACAAGAAUGGCCACGCCAAUGGGCACCUCUGCAUUGGCACAGACGUCCUCGCCCCUGAUGGCAGCUUCAGCAUCAAGGUCAAACCCAAGGGGAUGCCAAAUGGGUAUAGGAAGGAGAUGAUAAAGAUCCCCAUGCCAGAGCCAGAGCGCUCCCAGUACCCCAUGGAGUGGGGCAAGACUUUCCUGGCCUUUCUUUAUGCACUUUCCUGCUUUGUUCUCACCACAGUGAUGAUCUCGGUCGUCCAUGAACGAGUACCUCCUAAGGAGGUGCAGCCUCCACUACCGGACACGUUUUUUGACCAUUUUAACCGGGUGCAGUGGGCCUUUUCUAUUUGUGAAAUUAAUGGCAUGAUCCUUGUAGGACUCUGGUUAAUUCAGUGGCUGCUCUUAAAAUACAAGUCUAUUAUUAGCAGAAGAUUUUUCUGCAUAGUUGGCACGCUGUACCUGUAUCGGUGUAUUACAAUGUAUGUAACUACACUCCCAGUACCCGGUAUGCAUUUCAACUGCUCUCCGAAGCUCUUCGGAGACUGGGAAGCCCAACUGAGGAGAAUAAUGAAGCUCAUUGCUGGUGGCGGCCUGUCCAUCACGGGCUCCCACAACAUGUGUGGGGACUACCUGUACAGCGGCCACACGGUCAUGCUCACACUCACCUACCUAUUUAUCAAAGAGUAUUCCCCUCGACGACUGUGGUGGUACCACUGGAUCUGCUGGCUUCUCAGCGUGGUUGGAAUCUUCUGUAUUCUCUUGGCGCAUGACCACUACACUGUGGAUGUGGUGGUGGCAUAUUACAUCACCACAAGACUCUUCUGGUGGUACCACACUAUGGCCAAUCAGCAAGUGCUAAAAGAAGCUUCCCAGAUGAACCUCCUGGCCAGAGUGUGGUGGUACAGGCCAUUUCAGUACUUUGAAAGGAAUGUCCAAGGAAUUGUACCUCGAUCUUACCAUUGGCCCUUCCCCUGGCCAGUAAUCCACCUCGGUAGGCAAGUUAAAUACAGCCGGUUGGUGAGUGACACAUAACAGCUGUACACGGUGGGGAAAGAGGAGCUGUCCGAAGUGCUAAGAACUCCAUGAGAAAAGAUGCCAUAAAAUGAACACCUCCCUUAUCCUGUUAUCUUUCAACAGUUACCGUGACUUAACCGAUUGAGUUACCUGGUCAGCACUGUGAUCUUUUUUUUCUCUCCAAAGGACCCGCGUUGGACAACAAUAAAGAAAAUUUAACCUGUCGUGCACUGUACACAUUUCCUGUUCAUAGGCUUGGGAUUUACAUAACCUUGCAACCACCGUGUUCCUUUGUAUAUGAUGCAACAGCAUAAAUGUAAGCUUUUAUAUCAUAAGUUCUGGUCUUUCCAGUCACACCUGGAAAUAAAGCGUAUUAUUUUCUUGGGAAAACAUACUUUUCAUAUCUCUUGCCCCAAAGAUUGGGCUGUAAGCCAUUUUCUAGCAAAUGUCUCUAUGAAGGUUUCUAAGUACCUGAAUGGGGUUCGAUUCUGAAAUCUUUCUACCUGUUGCACCGAUAUUCAAAUAAAAAUGACAGACACAGAAAGGUUUGGUAACUUUGGAUUUUGUAAAAAUCAGCAGAGACAGUGUGUCAAAAAGUACAAAAAAAAAAAAGAUUCUGUUAUAAAGUGAUUUUCUAAGUAUUUCCUAACUUUAUUUUUCAAAAUGAUGUUAUGAAAACCAAAUUUAAAGAUUUUUACAUGUCAGAGAAAAGAGAGUUAAAAUUUAAAAAUGUUUCUUGGGAGAGAAAUUUGUCUAUGUUUCUAGUGCCUUUCUUGUCUUGAUUGUAUGGUCAGUAGGCAAUCUUCAAUGUUUUUAUUUAAAAUAAAGUAUUCCAUGAAAAUAUAAAUGUAUGUAUUACUACUAAAUUUUGCAUUAUAGCUAAAUUAAAUCAGAAGACUGCUUAUGGUUUUUAAAUUGCUAUGAAUUAAAGAAUGGGAGAGUUAAUUAGAAAGUCAGAGCCUGUUCCCAUAUUGUGAGCAGGUGGCAAUGACAGGUACCACUUCAAUUAUUUUAUCAUCUAUUUGGUAGUUUGAUUUUAACUAUACAAUGAAAACAGCCAUGAAUACUUUGUUUUUAAAAAGAGAGUUUUGAAAAUGAUCACUUAACUAAAAAUUGAAAGCUAUAAAUUAGUUAUCCAUACUCUCAUGGCAAUUUUGUUGGUAAACAACAAAGAAGAGAUCUAUUUCUUUAAAAUAUAUUUGUGCAGGAACUGCAUGUAACUCUUAAGUUUUACUCCUAACAUGAGUAUGUUUGGGGAAGUAUUCUAUUCUAUACUUGCCAAUGUGGAGAACAAAAUAGUUUUUUAAGAAUGAAGAAGUAUAUAUAUCCAUUCUGUAUUUUAUGUGCAGCAGAAUUAUCUUCCGUAGGGUUUUUUUUUGUGUAUUCACAAGGUAAUAUUUGUAUUGUAAAACAAUAAUGGUGAAGGAAAUAAAAAGGCUUUUAAAAUUU